AUCUGGCAGCAAUCGCCUAGCCCAAAAGUCGAUGCAGCAUGGCAUGCGCUGACCACGGGAUAUCCAUUCCUGAUAACAGAGGACGACAUGCGCAUCCUCGGGAAAGAUCCAGAUCGCUAUAUUAGCGUCCCCAAAGACUUCGGCUAUGGCGAAAAAACGUUCAUCACCCGAUUCGCACAUACGCAUAACAUCCACUGCCUAGACCACAUCCGAAAACGGCUCUAUCGUGAGCAUUAUGGUUAUCCAAACGAUACGAUGGAUUGGAUCCACACGAAGCACUGUCUCCACGCUUUGCUAGAUCAUCUGACGUGCCACGUCGAGUACGAUGUCAUGAAUUACAUUUGGGUCGAAGGGGAGCCUACGGCGGAUCCUGAGCUCACUUAUAACCGUCAGUGCCGAGAUCUGGACGCCAUGAUACGCUUUAGUGAGGAUAAUCGUGUUGAUAAAGAC